AUGGCUCUCCCUUUGCACGAUCUCGAGCUUUUCAGCAAAGGUGGAACAGCUCCCACAACGCUAGAAGAGCAUCAGAAAGAGGUUGAGAAAGUUGCAGCAAGCGUUAGAGGCUUCUACGAGCGCGGCGAGAAGUUUCGCAUGUUCCAUGACGGCACAAACAGCACGAGGAAGUCAGCAGUGGGCAGAGAUCCCAGGAAAGUCGUGGAUACCAGCAGAUUGAAUCAUGUCGUUCGCGUUGAUACCGAGAAACGUACGGCGUUGGUUGAGCCGAAUGUACCAAUGGAUCGAUUGGUCGAGGAGACAUUGAAAUAUGGUCUUGUACCACCUGUGGUCAUGGAGUUCCCGGGCAUCACUGCUGGAGGUGGAUACUCGGGCACUUCAGGCGAAAGCAGCUCUUUCAAGCACGGCUUCUUCGAUCAGACCUUGAACGAGGUGGAGAUUGUGCUCGCGAACGGAGAGGUCACGACGGCAUCAGAAAGCAAGAAUGCAGACCUAUUUCGAGGAGCAGCUGGUGCAGUGGGGACUUUGGGAGUUACCACCAUGGUCGAAUUGCGGCUUCAUCCCGCUACGAAGUUCGUCGAGACUACGUACCAUCCCGUGAAGAGCAUGCAGGAAGCUAUAUCGACUCUACAGGACUUCACAUCUCGCCCUGAAGACUUCGACUACAUUGACGGCAUCAUGUACUCUCAGAAGAGUGGCGCCAUCGUCACAGGCCGUAUGACAGACACUCCGAACCCCGAUCUCACGGUACAACGUUUCAGUGCGGCCUCAGAUCCCUGGUUCUAUCUCUUUGUUCAAGAUCGCAUCGCUAAGAAUCCACAUCCUACUUCGGAUGCUAUUCCGCUGCCAGACUACCUCUUCAGAUACGACAGAGGCGGUUUCUGGGUUGGUAAAGCGCCUUUCACAUAUUUCAAAGGCGUCCCAUUCAACAACGUCACCCGCUGGUUCCUCGACGACUUCCUUCACACGCGCAUGCUUUACAAAGCCCUCCAUUCCAGUGGUCGGUCGGAGCAGAUGAUCGUGCAAGAUCUUGCACUGCCAUAUCCUACUGCUGUUGAGUUCGUGGAGAGGAUGGACGAAUCGCUAGGCAUCUGGCCACUCUGGCUUUGUCCGCUAAAGCAGAGUCCACACCCUACGAUGCAUCCGCACUAUCAGGAAUUCGAAGCAGACGGAAAGACACUGAAACCCAUGUUGAACAUCGGACUAUGGGGCCAAGCACCAGCAACCCACGAAGGCUACAUCGCCGCCAACAGAACCAUCGAAAAGACGCUCCAGGAACUCAGAGGAAUGAAAUGGCUCUACGCGCAAACAUACUUCUCCGAGAACGAUUUCUGGAAAGACUUCGACAAGAGCUGGUACGAUUCUUUGCGCGAGAAGUACCACGCUACAUCUCUGCCGAGCGUCUACGAGAAGGUCAGAGUCGAUGUAGAUGCUGAGCGUCAGGCAAAGCAGAAUGCGCCGUGGAGCAAGCGACUGCUGGACGUGUGGCCCUUGGCGGGCUUGUAUGGCUUGAGGAAGUCUAUCCAAAGCAAGGACUACUUGCUCGCGAGGAAUGCUUCGUGGAAGGAUUGGGUUCCUAGGUCAUGA